AACACCAUUUCAAAUUCACAACAGAGAAACCCCUGCUGCUAAAACCCUCCUUCAUGGCAGCAGCAACUUCUUCUUCUUCUCCUACAUCUCUCCUUAACUCUCUCUCCUCCCUCUCUCUCUCCUCUUCACCACCACCACCACCUACCACCGUUUCUCUCUCAUCCACUUCAUCAUCAACCAAAACCCUAACAACAAUCACUCAACCUCCAAUCACUCCACUGAUCCAUAACACCUCCAAUAAUAUCCACUCACUUCUGUAUCCUUCUCUUGCGUAUUCGUACAAGUUAUUCUUCAAAACGCCGUACAACGUGCAGGUGAUCGUAGGUCCCGAUGAAUCCGAAGAGAGCCUGAUCGGUCGGUUCCGGCGAGAGGUUUUCAGAGCGAAUAUUAUUCAGGAGUGUAAGCGCAGGAGGUUCUUCGAGACCAAUCAGGAGAUGCGGAAACGGAAGAUUCGUGAUGCUGCUAGGCGGAGAUCCAGAAGGCGUCAACGACCAGUGGCCAAAAAGGACGAAAUUCAACGAAAGAAGGUCGAUGAUGAACCUGACAACUGGGAACUCAUUGAUGUUGAAGUCCCCUAUUGUCAAUGAGGGCUGACAACCAUUCUUUUUUGCUGAUUUUGGUUCGAUCCUGCGCCCUGACACUAUGUGCAUUUUUGACUACUAAUGACAUGGAUUUGGCCUUUAAAAUGCAUUUGCACAGGUGAUUCUAGUGUUUAGUUGUAACUAUAAAGUUCUCGUGCUACGUCUAGAAUUAUAUUUUUGGGCAUGUCUAGUUAAGGAUUGAAUCUUUGAUCAUGUAUCUGCGUCGGUUUGUAUUAAUUCUGCUACCGUCUGUCAAUCAAAAAAGUAGUUUAGUGGUA